AGCCGAUUUAAAGGCAUUUAAAGACCUAUUUUAUUCAUGUUCUAUUUACGAAAUGCAGUUCAUAUAGUUCCAAAAUCCAAAUUUGCAAUAAGUAUUAUCAUAACCUUACUAUUUCACCAUAUUUUCCGCGAUAAACGUUUAUUCAUGCGAAUAGGGUUUUUUGGAGAACUACAGGCCUACAAGGGAACCUAUACCUACUGGUUUUAAAUAUUAAGGGUCAAAUUUUACUGUGGCAAAAACAAUAAACAAAAUAAAUGUAACAAUGGGUACAAACAUUAAGGAAGACUAUAUAUCGGAAGACCAGUAUGCCAUAAAGUCCGAAGAGUUCUCACUAAAUGACAGCGCUAUAGAAAUGAACGGAAACAUAUGUAAAGAGCAGUUGGAUGAUGCUCUUUUGGCUGAUCCAGAUAACUGUGGUAUUUGUGGUGACACAUUAAUUAUGCCUCGAAUGUUACACUGCUUGCAUGUUUUCUGCGAAAGUUGUUUGGAAAAGAAACUUAUGGGCGAAGGGGGUGAUGCAGGGAGUCCAAAUACUGCAAUUGUAUGCCCGACUUGUGAUUUUGAGACUAAGGUUGGACUUAAAAAAGUGGCUGCUCUUCCUCUGGACGUGACGAAAACCAACGUGUCCGACGUGUCGCACUCUGUGAAUCCCACCUGCACCUCUUGCACGGCGAAAGAGAUUGCCAAAUCCCGAUGCAACACUUGCCACAAUCUUUUGUGCAACAAUUGCGAUUCGGCCCAUCAUUAUAUGAGGUGUUUCGAGUCGCACAAGGUUGUCGCAUUGGAAGAUAUGAGGAAGGACGGUAUCAAGAUCACCAUCCACAAACCCCUGGAGUGCGACCUGCACUCGGGCGAGAACAUCAUCUACAACUGCGCCGCGUGCAACUCCCUUAUUUGCGGGCAAUGUGCAAAGGCCGAGCACAAGGGCCAUCCCACCGAGGGCAUCGCCGACUCGGAGCUGCGCGUGCGCCAGGACAUGGAGAACCUGCUGGCCAAGAGCAAGGAGAAGGUGGAGGGUCUGAUGAAGUGCUCCAGCGGGCUGGACGGCAAUAUGGAGGAGCUGGCGCACCAGCGCUCCUCCGCCAAAGACUUGAUCAAUGAAACCUACCAAAGUUACAAGGCUGUUUUAGAGAAGUGUAAGGAUGAAGCUUUAGAAGAGUUAAACCGACUUUAUCAUGACCGCGAACUGAAAAUAAUGAAACAGUCGGAUGAAUUGGGCAAAACCAUAGAAAAUUUUGAGGACGCCUGCAAGUACACGUCGAAACUAUUGGAAACGGGUACCGUGCUUGAGAUGAUGUACCUGCGCAAAGUGGUCGCUUCCCGAUUGCUGGCUCUCAACUCCAACAUCUCGAAAACCGAGGGGACUUUUGCAAUUGAGUUUAAAUCUGACUUUGCCAACUUCGAAAAGGUUAUAAAGGAACAUUUCGGUACCUUUAUCACCGAAGCCACCAUAACAACCCCACCUCCCACUCCAACGAAACGCUUGCCCGACCUGGCCCCCCUAAACAUCAACGGUGUCAUUUCCAAGACGGUGGCCCUCACCAACGGCACGUCCAUCGCUUUGCCCACCACAAUUCAAUCCAACUUUGAAGGCGACCUCACCAACAACCUGCAAACGUUCGCCCAAAUAUCUAGUCCGCCGUUGCCGCACGUGUCCUCCACGCCUAACUUACAGGGAUUUUCGAGCAUCGCCGAGUUCAAUUUGGCACAGCUGGCCACACUGGCCGAGACUACCAAUAGCGCAGCUACGUCACCCACGCCUCAGUUUAAUCUGGCCGAUUUGCUGACCAACGACACGGCUUACAAGAAUCUGGCGUCGUUGGCGAAGCUUGGACUCAACGGUAGCGAUACCAACCCAGCAAUUCCUACAAAUGGCGCAAACAUGUUGGUGCGUUCCACUUCAACAGCUUCGUUGAAUUUGACCAACAAUUUGAUCAACGGUUUUGGAGGAGUAUCAAACUCCACUUCUCCUUUACUGUCAACGCCUGAAGAUAUUAUACCCCAAGAUUCCACUUUGCCCAACAUUUUACCUCCAGCAUCAACAAACGCCAACCCGGUGCCCAACCGUACUAACAAGGUGAGCCCGAUGCAGAUCCGGUGCAAGUUCGGCCAAUUGGGACCCAGCAAAGGCCAGUUCAAUUCCCCUCACGGUUUCUGUCUGGGACUGGAGGAAGAUAUCAUAGUCGCCGAUACCAACAAUCACAGGAUACAGAUCUUCGAAAAGACUGGCUCGUUCAAAUUCCAGUUCGGCAUUCCGGGCAAGGACGAGGGCCAGCUGUGGUACCCGCGCAAAGUGGCCGUCAUGCGCAGCACCGGCAAGUACGUGGUGUGCGACCGGGGCAACGAGCGCUCGCGCAUGCAGAUCUUCACCAAGAACGGCCAUUUUCUCAAGAAGAUCGCCAUCCGCUACAUCGACAUCGUAGCCGGUUUGGCCGUUACCGGAGCUGGGGAGAUUGUGGCCGUGGACAGCGUCAGUCCUACGGUGUUUAUCAUCCACGAAAACGGGGAUUUGUUGCGCUGGUUUGAUUGCAGCGAUUAUAUGAGGGAGCCUUCAGACAUUGCCAUUCACGGAAAAGAGUUUUAUGUUUGCGACUUUAAAGGUCACAAUGUGGUGGUUUUCAACGAAGACGGGCAAUACUUACGUCGCAUCGGCUGCGAAAAUCUGACCAAUUUUCCCAACGGAAUUGACAUUUCCGAUGCCGGCGACGUGCUGAUCGGGGAUUCCCACGGGAACCGGUUCCACGUCGCCGUUUUCGCCAGGGACGGGUCUCUCAUUUCAGAAUUCGAAUGCCCAUAUGUAAAAGUAUCCCGUUGUUGCGGCCUGAAAAUCACCUCGGAGGGCUACGUGGUGACCCUGGCCAAAAACAACCACCACGUGCUCGUCCUGAACACCCUCUACAUCCUCUAGGGCCGGCGGCCCCGCCCACUGAUCUCGCACUGUACAUAGUAUCGAACUGAUUUUAUUUAACGUUUAGUCGUUUAAGUUUUUUAUUCGUUUUGAGAUGCCGUGACAGUCGUUGUUAUCCAACCCGGCAGUUCCUCCCCUUCCCAAAAAUCCCUCCUCUAUCAAGAAGUGGCAUUUACGUGUUUUUUGAUAGAAAAUAAGCGUUUUUUCGAUGUAUUCUUGGCCGUUGUUCAUGCAGAGUUGCGCAACCGAAACCAAAUCGCACGAAGAAUUGCCAGAAACGAUUCGAAGGCCCGUUUUGCGUCGGUUCUGCAGGAACACGUUUAUUUUUUGUGACUGUAACAAUCUGUGUACCUUUUUGAGAUAUAUUUAUAUAAGCUAAGGCACUCUUGUUUCUCUGCUUAACCUCGAAAUUUAGGUAAGACGACCUUGCGCUUCAGUAUUUUGACUUUGACUAUAAAAGGAAAAUUAAUUACCUACUCUUAUAUAAAUAUACAUCAUACAUAGUUUAUCUUAGAUAAUAUUAUAUAUGUAUUAUAUCUACUUAUAUUCGUGAAGGUUUAAAGUUUUGAUACUGGACGACCUUUUCGAUUUUUGCUAUGCCAGAUAUUAAUUAUUAUAUUCGUAUUGCCUUAUUGUUUUACAUCUAUGGUUAUUCAGGGUGGCAAGAGCUAAUAAGAGCUCUGUAUUUUUCGAGAUGUUUUUUUUAUUUAAAUUGUACUAAAAGUUGUUUUGAUUUGUAUGUUAUAUUGGUUUAUGAAUAUAAUUAAUUAUUC